UGGUCGUUGAGUUGGCAACACUUUCUGUAAUAGGUUAUGCAUUUUCACCCAAAUUGUAAACACCAGCAAUAGAAAGUGGCAAAAUCUCAAUAUUAAAUCAUUAUGUCUGGACAUGGUCAUAGUCAUGGACAUUGUGAACAUGAAGCUCAAGAGCAACCAUCCGAGUUAGGGAUUGAAUACAGUUUAUAUACAAAAAUUGAUACUGAAAACAUUCAGUGCCUCAACGAAGUGGUAGAGGGUUCGGGUAAAGAAGUUUUCAAACCUUGGGAAAAGCGUUUAGAUACGGAAAAAUUGCUGUGACUUGCUUAAUGUGCAGUUGUCCUUUGUUUCAAAAUGAUCAUAACAUAGACAUUGAUUAAAUUGUGUAUGAACCAUGAUGAAUGGAAAAGGACCUAGUGUACCAAUCACUACGUUAGCUGAUAUACAAAGUUUAACUGAUCUACUUUUGGAAUUGCCUCUUCCUAGCCCUUUGCCAGGUAUAACCAAGCAUCAAAGCCUUUUGUCACAUUUAAGAGACUCUGAAGAAGCAAAAAAGUUUCUUAAUACACAGGAAUCUAUACUUAUCCCACCUCUCAUAGAAGCCCUCAUAUGUUCUCCGACAGACCAUAUUGAAGUGAAAGAUGGUUAUUAUGGAGGUGAAUCUUACAAUGGACAAAUAUCCCAACUUGUGCAAUACCUUCUCGGUACUAAUCCCGGCCUUUUUAAAGGUUUGGUACAUGGACCACAAAGUGGAAGUGGGGACCAUCAGGUCUCACCAGAACAAUGGUUACCCCAAAGACAAUGCCCUUCCAAUAUUUCUGUGCACCCUCUUCAACAAAAUUUCAAUGCCAGUGCAGUUUCACCUUCCCAAAUUUCUUCAGCUCAGGGAAGUAAUCAAAACUACUUUCCUCUUGAGCACCCAACAGCAUCUCAGAAUGCUAACAUAGCCCCAAACAAAACACUUAACUUUAUUCCAAAUUCAUCAGCAGUACAUUCUCCAUAUGCUCAUGGUGUUAGUUUGUCUGGUCAGCAACCUGCCUCUCAUCCUCAUAAUGCUGUUCCCCAAGGCACAGGCAAUUCUUCUCCUGCAAGCCAGCAAGGAAGCCCUCAAAUAUUUAAUGCGUCUCUUGUCAACCCACACAUUGUCAAUGUACCUCCACCAUCCCCCAUUGUGCAUCCAUUUAGUAAUGGAAACUGUAUUGAUUCUGUUAGUUCUCCUAUCAUAAACUCUGAACUAAGUGACAGGACAAAAAACCAUAUUAUUAAUACACCUACAAUAGGUGGCAUGACAUCUAAUUGUAUGCCACUUAUAUCAUCCAUUAAUAACCCCAAUGAUGUGCCUUUUUCAUCUCCAUCUUCGUCGUCAUCAUUUGCAAUACCACAAAUAAAUUCAUCAAAUGAAAUUAUUGGACCUGCGACGCCACAACUGCAAACUCCUUGUGUAGAGCAGUCUACUGGAAAUCAGUGGCAAUCUACUUUAAAUGCUUCUCUCAAUGAAACUUCCCAAAAUUACGUAAAAGAAAAUGAAAAUGUGACUCUACCUCCGACAGCAUCUAUCGUUCAGCCACAUUCUACAUCAAAAUCUGAUCAUUCGAGUGAAAAACCUCUUCAAAAAACAGAUUCUAAAGGGAAAACAAACAUUGAAAAUUGCUUGUCUGAGCAUGCUGAAAAUAUUCACAAAUCUCUAUUAAAGCCUGUAGUUGUCUUAUCAAAAUUAAGUACAGAGGAACAGCUUCUUGCCCAGAAAAGUGUAAAACAAUUCAUUAAAAAAUCUAACUUAGCACCAGAAUCUAACUCAUCAGCUUCACCAACCAAGACCCCCAAAACUAACGAUAAGCGAUCAGUUCCAGCUACUCCAAAUUCAUUGCUAAAAAACAAAACUUCUCCUCGAAGGACUGAAUCUACUCAUACACGUUCCCCUAAUAAACGUGAAAAACUUGAAUCAAAACCAAAAUCCUCAAAAAGAAGAAUUGAAUCAUCAGAUGAAGAAGUUUUUAACCCAUCUUCACUUACUGAAAGAGUUAAGAAAAGAAGAAUGAAAAAUAAACAAACUGUAUAUGCUGAAUCUCCUGGUGAAGAUAAUGAUCAAGACAGCGAUGUUUCUUUCAAAGAAGCUACUCCACCACCUUCAGUUCCCUCAACACCAAAAGUUAAGAAAUUAAAAAAUAAAAAGCCUAAAAGAGAUUUAAAUACUGACCCUCUCUCUAUUGAAGAAUUAAUGGAUUCUAAUACUUAUCAACAUUUUUCUCGAACUGUUGAUGUUAUUUUUGAUUCAAUGGAAGAUGUCGAUUUUUCUGCUGUAAUUGAUGAAGAUGCUGAGUGUGCAGCAGAAGUAUUGAUUCCAUUGAAUCAGCUACAAGACCUUACAAAUGAAGCUGCAAAAUUGAAACGCCUAGCUGCAAUGAAUCAGUUUCCCCCCGAGAGACUGGUACGAUUGCUAACAAUAUUGGAACGCAAUGUUGUUGAUGGUGCAAAAUUAUUGCCUAUGCAAACUAUGGAAGAACAAGAUGAAGAAGAAGCUCAUUUAUUUGUUGAGUUAACAAUGGAAAGAGUCAUGCGUAGUGCUGAUGCCUCUCUAACUGCUCUGUAUAUUAUGACCUCCCCUAAGAUGCCAGAAAAAGUUUUUUUAGAAGAUAUCAUUGAAAGAAUAGUUCUGUUUCUGAAAUAUCAACUUCAAAAUACUGUUUACCCUGUGUUUGACCCGGCCUAUCGAUUGGAUCCGAAAUCAAAAGAUGGUUAUGCAGGUAGUAUCAAACAAAAGCGUCAUCAUGGAAACAAAGUCAAAGAAAAAUCCACAAUACAGCUGUAUAACAAGCUACAUGAAGCAGUAAGGCUUCUUACUGAGCUCCUAGAGCUGCAAACACUGACUGAUACUAUAAUUUUGCAAGUAUCCACUAUGGGUGUUAGUCCAUUUUUUGUGGAAGGGGUUAGUGAGUUACAGUUGAAUUCUCUUCGGUUAGUUACCACAGUGUUUUCACGAUAUGAAAAGCACAGGCAGCUCAUUUUAGAAGACAUAUUAGCUUCAAUAGCUAGAUUACCGACAAGUAAAAGAAGUCUCAGGAAUUAUCGACUGAAUUCUGAAGAAAACAUUCAGAUGUUAACAGCUCUGGUGUUGCAGUUGAUUCAUAGUGUUGUUAAGCUACCAGAACCUGAACGAAAUGAAGAAUCAGCAGAAAAUGUUGUUAAAAGUGAGCCCAAAGAGAAGAUAUAUGUUGAUAAAGAUGUUUUAAUCACUACAUCUUAUGAAGCAUCAAUAACAACUGCUGUAAAUUUUGUAUCUGUGUUUUUGAAAAAAUGUGGCACUAAAAAUGAAGAAAUGGAUUAUAGACCUUUAUUUGAAAACUUUGUUCAAGAUUUACUUAGCACUGUAAACAAACCAGAAUGGCCAGCAUCUGAACUUUUGCUUUCUGUCUUGGGAAAAAUAUUAGUAACAAACUUCAGUAAUAAAUCCAUGGAAAUGACUCUCCGAGUCGCAUCCCUCGACUACUUAGGAGUUGUUGCAGCCCGUCUUCGUAAAGAUGCAGUACAUAGCCAGGAUCGUAAAGAUAUGAUAAAUGAUGUCAUUCAACGUAUUACUGCUAGCAUUGAAGAGUCUGAGCCCAGCCCCACAAAACACAAGAAGAAAAACAAGAAAAAACCUGUAAAAUGUGAUGAAACUCAAAUACUUCAAAAAGCCCUACUUCAAUAUCUCGAUUAUAAUACCGAAAGCGAUCCAACCCUACAAUUUUCUAGAACAUUUUACAUAGCUCAGUGGUAUAGAGAUGCAGCAGCUGAGAUUAAACGUUCUGAUAAAUCAUUAAAUUUUCCAAAAGAAGAACCAGAAAAAACAGAAACUCCUAAUACUCCCAGUUCAAAAAAUAAAUCUAAAUCUCGAACAUCUCGUAGAAGAUCCUCUCAGAUUGCUUAUGAAGAAGAAGAAGAGGAGGAGGAGGUGAAAGAAAAAGAAGAACCUAAGCUAGAAACUGAUGAAAUCGAUGCUAAAGUAUUAGCUUUAGCUGAAGAAAGAAAAAGAUUUUUAUUAACUGUAAUUAAAAAACAUGAAUCUUCCAAAGUUAACAUAAAAGAAGAAGAACACAUUGAUUACAAAACAGCUGAACUCAUAUCUCAAUAUUUAGCAUCUUCCAGAUACUUCUCAAAAAGUUUUGAUCUUUAUCUCUCACAGAUUUUGAGGGUUUUAGGGGAGACUGCCGUAGCUGUGCGUACCAAAGCCAUGAAGUGCUUAACACUUGUUGUAGAAGCAGAUCCAAGUAUUCUUUCAAGGUCGGAUAUGCAGAAAGGGGUACAUGGGAGAUUAUUAGAUCAAUCAACAAGUGUUCGAGAAGCAGCUGUUGAUUUAUUGGGUAAAUUUAUAUUAAUCCGUCCUGAGCUAAUUAAUCAAUAUUAUGAAAUGCUUACUGAAAGAAUAUUAGACACUGGAGUUAGUGUUAGAAAAAGAGUAAUCAAAAUUUUAAAAGAUAUUUGCGUAGAACAGCCAGACUUUUCCAAAACCCCUGAAAUUUGUGUAAAAAUUAUACGUCGUGUUAAUGAUGAAGACGGUAUUAAAAAAUUAGUGGGAGAAGUUUUUCAGAGCAUGUGGUUCACUCCAAUUUCUGAUAAAAAGCCAGAAAGAAUACUUCAAAAAGUGAAAAAUAUAGCUCACGUUGUUGAGGCAUGUAGAGAUUCUGGUCUAGAGUGGUUUGAACAACUUUUAACCAACAUAUUAAAAAACAAAGAAGAUGCUAAUUACAAGUCAGUUGUGAAGGCAUGUAGGCAAAUAGUUGAUUGCCUAGUUGAAAAUCUUCUUCAGAUAGAAGAAUCAACGCCGGAAACUGGUGCCAGCACACAUUUAGUUGCAUGCCUUGCUACUUUACAUCUUUUUAGCAAAAUACAUCCUCCUUUUGUUGUACCUCAUGCAACUACUAUACAACCUUAUUUGAGCAUGAAAUGCAAUACACAAUCAGAUUUUCUUCUUUUGAGAAAUGUUGCCCAGACAUUGGAAUUGGUUGUACCUUUAAUAGAACAUCCGAGUGAAUCAUUUUUAGCCCAGAUUGAAGAAGAUAUGAUUAAAUUAAUCUUGCGGCAGCAUAUGGGAUUGCUUCCUAGUUGCGUCAGUUGCCUCAGUGCUGUUGUAAAUAAAAUUACUCAUAAUUAUCAACUUGUUAGAGACUGUUUUCAGAAGUUUUUUGUUGUCCUAUUAGUAUGUAAAAGAGAAUAUGAGAAGAACCCUGAUAAUGAAAAUUUAAAAUCGAUGCGCCCUAAAUUGCUACGUUCUCUUUUCACUGUUGGGUUAUUUUGCAGACAUUUUGAUUUUGAUGCAAUAGAUGCUGCAUCAGAACAAAAAGAACAGGUAUCUUUAAAGCAAAAGGUGUUUGAAGGUAUUAUUUACUUCAAUCAACAUGAGGAUGAAGUAGUUCGCCUAAAAGCAUUAACUGGACUAGGUUUUAUUAUGAUUCGACAUUAUGAAUUUAUGCUUGGUCCUGAUGUGAAAACCCUUUAUCAUUACUUACUCACUUCCCCUAUGCCAUCAUCACUAUUGAAGUGCCAGGUGUUAAAAAAUAUUACAAAUUAUUUAAUCGAAGAAGAGUUGCAAAUGAUUCAGAAAGAUGCAGAAUGGAGUAAGAUGUCAAAAAGUGAGGAUUUAAAAGAAAUGGGGGAUGUUACAUCUGGUAUGGCGAGUACUGUUAUUCAAAUAUACUUGAAGCAAAUUCUUGAAUGUGUUCUUUAUCCUGAUAUUACAGUUCGUAAAGCAUCCUUACAAGUUAUCCAACUCAUUCUAGGCCAGGGAUUGGUACAUCCUGUGCAGAUUGUACCUUAUUUGGUAUGUUUGGGUUCUGAUGAUGAUCCAGUCUUGAGAACUAAAGCAGACCAAUUACUCCAAGAAAUUGAGAAGAAAUAUCCUGGAUUUAUUCAGAUGAAGGCCACAGUGGGAGUUAGAAUGUCUUACAAAAUGCAGCUUUGUAUUCAACACCUAGAACAUACCCUUCGGGGUUUUCGUUGCCCAGAAUGUCCUGUGAGCAGAAAUGGCUUUCUUUACUCUGUAAUGAGGUCAACUCGGCAAAGUCGAAGAGCCUUUCUUUUUUCCCUGUUGAAAUUAUUUGAUGAAAAUGUUAAAACACCAUUAACUGAACUAUUGUAUGUAGCUGACAAUAUUGCUUAUUUUCCCUAUAUGGCCCAAGAUGAGCCUCUUUUCAUCAUGCAUCAGUUGGACAUAAUGCUAAGUGUCUCUGGCUCUAAUUUAUUACAAACUUUUCGGGAAUCCUUAUGUAGUAAAACACCUGAUUCAACAGAUCAAACUGAAAAUAAUGCUGAUGACUAUGACGAAGAUGAUGAUGAUUAUGACUCAAUAUUACAACGUCUUCCUGAUGAUACUUCAGUUUUAAAAGAAUGUAUUGUUGCUUCACAAGGUUGUGUACUCCUACUGUAUCUUAAGCAAACACUUAAAGAAAUGUACGGUUUCACUGAUAAUAAAAUACAGCAAUAUUCCCCCAAUGAGGCUGCAAAAGUUUACGAGAGACCCCUCAAUCGUAAAGGACAUGUCCGUUUCAACCCUGAAAAAGUGUUAGAUUUCAUUCAAUCUCAGGAAUUGGAUGAAAAUGCAGAUGACAAGGAGCAGCUUGUUCAACAGUAUCUGAACUUUAAACAACUGAUGCUGACAAUAGAUCCUGCUGAUGAUGAAGAGGAUGAAGAUAAUCCGAAUAAACCUGCAUCUAAUGUAACAUACACCGUAAUUACAGCCCCAGCAGAAAAGACUGCUACUAGUGAAUCGGCUGAUGGUGAUAAACCACUACAGCCACCCAUAGAAAAAACAAAGAUUGUGAUAAAAGCAAAUAAAUCUCCCAUGCGGGGUCGACCUCCUUCUCGGAAGUCACCCAAAGCAUUAAAGGAGAAGGUGAAAAAGAAACACAAAAAGAAAAGAAAGCGUGUGUUGGACUCUGGUUCGGAAGAUUCAGGUAGUGAUCCAGAUUAUGGUGAUUCAUCGUGAUGACAGUUUUUCUCAUAAUAUCUAACUUCAGUUUUAAAACUAACAGUCAGUGCUACAUACAGUGAUGUUUUCAUGACAUAAACUACUGUAUAUUGUUACAUAGAAACUUCCAGUUGCAAGCCAUGUCCAUGGCUAACUUUGCACUUUUGAACCAUUCUAUUGGAACUAUACCCACAAACACUUUGCAAUAUAUUUUAACAGUGCUUUUGACUAGAAUAUGUGGUAAAAGGUGUGGGAAUUAUUUAUAAAAUAUACAUCAAUAUAAUUUUUUAUUGAAAGAUUGUUUAAAGAUUUACAGAAUAUAAAAGCAUUUUAAGUAAUGAUAUGUUUUUAUGAACAUGUACAGUCUGCUGGCUAGUUAAGCUCCAGUUUUUAAAAAUUUUAUUUCUUUUUUACUAAUCUGUUAUCAUUGUGAAUAUGACAUCAAAUAUUAUCACUUAUUUUUCAACACUGCGAUUUGUAACGCUGGAUCUCUUUAAAACUUGCUUGCACAAACAUUUUAAAAGAUAAUAUCAAGUCAAGUUCAUUUAUUUAUUUUUUUCCUCGCUAACUUGUUAGAUUUUUGUGUAUUUCUGUGCAAGUAUAAAGAUUUUUCAAAAUUUUGUAAUUUUCAGUAGACUUAAUGAAAUUAACAUUAAAAGUGUCAAAUACUUAAGUUUGGUUUUUAAUUUACAAUUGUUAUUGAAAAUAUGAAUGUUAUUUAGCAUUUUAAUUCUUGCUUAAUUAGACCAUAAGUCGUCACUAGUAGGUGAAAAUUUGAUCUGCUAAUCUAUGUGCAUAAAUGUAGUAUUUUUCAGAUGUCCCUUUCACCAAAGAGACCUUCAGUGACACAAGUCCAUAUUUUUGUACAUAAAAAUACUGCAUUGUUUUAUGUUUUCAAAGUUUUUACAGUUUUUGUAAAGAUCUAUAAAGAAUGUCUGUUAAAUUAUUGACAACAUACUCAUUGAUUGUGGUCCAUUUGUUGCUAGUUUUGAACAAGCAAAAUAUUAAAGAAAAAAUAAAAGUCUUUUAACAACA